CGCGACCCCAGUGCGAGCUUCGAGUGUACUUACUGACGUCUUCUCGAGAAAACAGACUCCAUUAGAUGUUUAACAGUCGUACUCAUUAGCACCCUCUGUAAAUUCGCCUGGCAUCCGGCCACGGGACUGGAAAGAAAGCCACAUGGCUGCAAUCCAGCAGUCAACCACACCAUGUGCCACACCGUUCGCGACGUACGGGAGCGACGAGGAGGUGAGGUUUUUAGUCCAACAAUCUGAAGAAGAUGCCGUGCAAGAGAUUUCCGGGCACGACAUAGGUCCUCCUGAUGAAUUAAUCCCCAGCAUCGAGGAAGACGACAGGCAUGUGCUCGAUUCAUACGACGCCUCUUUCUACAGCGCGCGGCCGCCUGCUUCCGAGCGCAUACGAACGACAUCCGGCAUGACAUCGACAAGCUUCAUUUCCUCCCUCCCCUCCGAACUCUCAAUCCGAUCGCAACCAACAGUGCCCGUCCAGUAUGGCUACGAUGGAGCAACUACCCGUAUCAAACAGCGGCCUCUUUUCCGGAACCCUGCUUCGGUGCGCGCAAUGCAGAUGUCCUCCCCGCCGCCGCUUCCCGGUUUUGAAGGUCCCCACGCCAGAGUUAAGGGUGCAUAUCAAUUUACAACACCAAGCAGGAAAGGGAGAUCCGAGACACCCAUGUCAACCUCCGGCUCACGGAAGUCAGGGUCUUAUCGAGGAUCAAUCCAUAGAGCGUCCCAUGACCCUCCGGCUCCCGGGCCAACGGCUACAGCGACACCGCAACAGCAUCUCCCAUUGGUGCUACUACACGUGACGAUCCUUCCGAUGCAGGUACCAUACCCGCCAGACUUGAUGAGCAAAGUGAUGCCUCGGUGGCUAGUGGAGAAUUACAAGCUACUUGAGGGGAAACUGCAAGAUGUGGUGCUGAUGCAACGUGGGCUCCUGAUAGCUCACCCCAACGAAGAAUACGAUUUACUAGAAGAAAGAAUUCUGGAAUCUUUGGAGCUCAGGACACCUCGACUGCUGAAGUGCGGCCACUUUCUCGGUUCGGGAAGUGAUCGAAGUGACAUCAGUAGCGGCGAUGAAAAUGCCAGUGACGCCGACUAUGAACCUGGUAGAGGAAGCAGCAUGAGUGGCGGGACCAUGACGGCCGAAGAUGAGGAUGACCCUCGAUACUCGGAUGCCGGAAGCGAUUGUAUGGACGUAUGCGCCGACUGUCAUCGGCAAGUGAAAAGGCCAGGGCAAGGGGUUGGGUUAGGCAAGAAGAGGUGGGAUCUCAAGGUCUAUGCGGCGAACGGUUUGAUGCGAGCUGGAGCAUGGUCCGCUGCCUGGAAAGAGAUGGAGAGGUGCGAUGUGGAAAUAUCGCCAUGGAUCCCCGAGGACGUGAGAAGCGCUGUACAGAAGAGAGUGGAAGAGGAGCAGGAGAAACUGCAGCAAAGAUUGCUCUACGAAGCGGAGGUCCAACGCUUGGUAGAUCAGGAAACGGCCCGCCUGGAGGAGCUUGGAUUGCGGACCGACGCAAAAGCGCUCAAAAAUGAGGACCAGCAAGUCAUCCGAGCAGCGGGAGAAGCCGAACUGAGGGGGCAGGCGGAGAAAGAGCACGAUAUGAAGCAACUAGUGGAGGAGAUGUUGGCCCGUAAAAUGGAAGAGAUCAAAGAAGUGAUGCGUCUCGAACUUGGAGACAGGUUAGAGGCAAACUCAAGCGCAGUGGCAGAACGAUUUGGAUCAUUGGAAAAGGGACUGAAGGGACUUCAACAAUCCAUCGCCGUGUGGGUGCCACCCAUCCAGCCUCGGCCCUCAACACCGUGCCAGCCUUCUCUCCUCGACAAUACAAUUGUCCGGAUUCACAAUGCUGAGGUACCGCGUCAUCCGCGAGGUGUCAAGAUCCCACUCGGAGUACUACUAAAGAAUUAUCUGUUGAUCCUCGCCAAGGAUGAGAAAAACGUGGCUCUUUUCGUGCUACUUAUGCUGCUUGUCUAUCUCGUCCUGCACGGUGGGUCUGCUCCAGUUACAUAUCAGCCAUCGGUACAGGUUCACUCUCUAGACCAAGAGCAGACAACAACUCUGGCUUCUGUAUAUACCAUGACAUCUACGGCCAUUGCUCCGGAAUUUUCCAUGGCCACUACAACUGCUACUAUUACCGCCACCACCACCGCCACGGUCACAAAGGUGGAAUAUCUCAUGGAAAGUGAAAGUUCAGCUGGCCCAACACAAGACACCAACAUGACGAGCGUACAAGUAAGGGGCUUCGAUGAGGACACCAGAUCGCAACGUGUGGUGGAUCCAUUGCAUGAAACGAAAGCAUCGAGUGUAGUUGAGACGGUCAGGGAGGACGAGGGCAUCGAACUUCAUGCUCCAGAGGAUGAACGACCCCCUCGUACAAGUUCGGCUUUUCAAGCAACAGUCAUAGUAGGGGCCGCCAACAGCGUCGUCGCACCUACUGCGCUAAAAGGUACCCGUUCCUUUGAGAUAACAAGCGCGACACCGGACGCAAACACGGAUGGCACGGUAUCACCUUCCACUCCACACAAGGCUUUCCAGCUCCAGGGUCCCGCUGCACCCUACUGUACCUGGCACAAUGGAUCCCCAUUGAUAGCCUCGAGAAUCUCCACCGAUGCGGACUCCUGUCUAGCAUGAGAGACCCACAAGCGUCCUGCUAUGAGGCAUGGUGAAGCUGGAGUGAGACGGGAAUUCCACCCGAGCUCACCAUCCAGUAUGGACAGUGAAGCGUUCAGGCAUCUACUAAACGAACGCACGGGAAGCGCAGACUCCAUGCAUGUAUCAACGCCUGCAUCCUGUUAGCCUUGCAUGUCCUUCUCAGCGGCACGAUUCCGUUUGAUUUUAUUUCUUUUCUUAUAGCCAGCACUGGCAUUCCAUAGCGAGGUGUUGGGGUUCGGGAUGUUUGCGCGACGAGUUCGCUAGUCUUUCGGGUCGGGGCUUGAAUCUACGUAAAUAGCGCAAUAUACUCUUUAUGUGGUU